CCCACCCGCCCCUCCAACAAAAAAAACAAAAACCAAAACUCAAGCCAGUGGCAAAAUAUGGCCCCGUUCAAUUUACAGCAUUCAACAGUAGUAGCCAAGGCAUCGUGUUCACAACAACUGAGGCAUCAGAAUGCAAAAGAGAUGAAGAAAAUCAAAUCCAGCAUGAGAAAGUUACAAGCAGAGAUGAGAGAGAUAAGUGAGGACCAGAAAAGCAUUAGAGAGGGACAAAAGCAAAUUAGGAAAAAAUUUGAAUCCAUAGAAUCUGAAUGCCAGAAGCUACACGAGGAGACUAAACUCAUCACGCAGCAGAGUGCCAUUUCCCGUGACCGCCUUACUCUCAUGUUUCAAAUUCUAAAAGCACGACAAAAUAAUGAUUUCCCCACUGCCACCGCCCUCACUCAGGCGCUCCGGUUGUUAAAAGAGGAAAGACAGAACAAUUUAAUAAAACAAGAGAUACUGCGCCUAAAUCAUGGACGAAACAGGGAAUGAGGAAGGAUGAACUCAAGGCCAAAUCAUUACCGUUGGACACAAUUUAUGCUCCUAAUACAAUUAUUAAAAUGGAUUCCUAUACCCAUUCCUUGAAUUUAAGAAAGUAAAAACGAGCAUUUCACCAUUUUUUUAAGCAUACUGUUGACAUAAAUUUGAUUUCUCUAUUUUUAUGUGUGUUUCAGUGACCAUAUAGGGAUGCAGAGCCAGCCCAAAUGAGCUAGCUUUUACGGAGAGUUUCUGUUGGGUUCAAAUGGUUACUUGAUGAACAAGAGCUGCCCAGCCAUGUGUGCUGAUGAAGUAUUUCAUUUUUCUUUUCUGUUUUUUAUUUUUCUCUUUUCCCUGAAUAAGUUUGGACUUUCGCAUUUUCCCUGCUCUGUAAAAAAGAGUUCUUGUAAUGUCAAACAGGAUCUCUCGGCAAUCACUCUACUCUAUUCAUCGUUAAAGACCAACAAACUAUCUUUGGAUUGAAUCUCUGUCUUAAGGCUUCCUAUGUGUCGGCAACUUGUGGUCUUGGCUAACAGGAUCCAGUAAUUUUUUGCUUUGGUUGUGAUGGAAUCAGAAUUUUGAGAGAGAGUAAAAGAAGAAGUUGAUAAAGAGAAGGCAGAAAG